AGUCGAACAUCUGUGCGCGCUGCCGAUGUUAACGUCGACGUCUUCGUAGCAGCCGCCGCAGUCGCUGUCAGGCAAACAAAACGGCCGUUUGCUGCUGAUGCCAGGCAAAGCCCGUGCGCUUCAUUCAUUCAGUAUUUCAGUUCACAUCGAACGCGAGAACUGUGCGGACGUGCAAGCAGCGGCAGCGGCAAAGUUCGGUCUAGUAACGCACAAGUAACGGAGCAACAACAAAAAACAUUAAAAAAAAAAACACCACGCGCUCCCCAACUUACACACGUUCCGCUCUCUUUCUCUGUCACUCACGCAAACUUCAACAGGCGCCUAUAAUUAAUAGAACACUUUACAAAUUCGAAACAAACAAACAAUUAGCAAAAGACUUUUGUGUUGUGCGUCGCCCGACCGCCCCCCGCUCAGCUCAGCCCUCCAACUGCACAACUUGCACUGCCCACCGCCCGACUGCGCCGCGCGUUCAGCAAAAUAAUAAUAAAAAAAAAAUCAAACUAAGAAAGGCUGCCGACUUUAAUUGCAAUUUGUCAAUAGUAGUUAGUAGUAGUGUGCCUAAAACAGAACAAUUAUCUAGACUUAUACAAAAAAAAGAAAAAAACAAUAUAUUUCUUUUUUUUUUUGGUUUUUUUUUGUUGUGGCUUCUCUCACAUGCGCCAAAUUCAAAAGUCCUGGAUUAUUUUGAAUUUCGAAGGCGAGGCGAACGCAAAUAAAUAAAUAAAUGAAUGCAGGCAGACUUAACGAAACAUAACGGGACAGUAAGCAGCAAGCCGUAAGCAAAGUGAAAUCUCACGCAAUCAAGCAGCGCAGCAGCAGCGCAGCCAUAGCAGCAGCAGCAGCGAAACGCAAAGAAGAAGAAGAGCAGCGUACGCACUCCAAACACCAAACGAGCGCGUGUCGCGACAAAAGGUGCCUGUCUGUCAGUCAGUCAGACAAACACACACGCACAUACUCAGACACACACAGACACACACGAUCUGAAGAUCACGAGAGAAAAAAAGUGUUGCUUCCUGUAAAAUUUUUGUCAAAUACUACUAACUACACUAUAAUUCAAGUGUGGUGAGAACAAAAGAUAAAAAUAAAAGUUCAAAUCAGCUCAGCAAACGACGUAUGAACGAUUUGUGGUUUACCUUGUGUUGUGUGCAUUGGCAAGAAGAAGAAACAGCAGCAGCAGCAAUUGCAGCUAAGCAAGCGGAAGAAAAAGAAGACGAAGAAAAAGCAGCAGGAGUUGCUUAAAGUUAUAAAAGAAGAGAGCAAGAGCGAGAAAGAGAGACUUGAAAGAGUCGGCGACAAAAGAAGAGGCUUUGCAUGCCAAUCAAACGCACACACAAUUCUUGCUCUCACACACACAUAUACAUACAGGCACACACACACACACAGAGACAGCAACCGCAACGCACAAUGACCUUGCCAACGAACACAAAUGCAGGCAACAACAACAACAACGGCAAAAACAGCAACGGUGAUGAUGAGUCGGACAUGUUUGGACCGCCCCGUGUCUCGCCGCCCAUUGGGUAUCAUCAUCAUCGGUCGCGCGUGCCAAUGAUCUCGCCAAAGUUGCGUCAGCGGGAGGAACGCAAACGCAUUCUGCAGCUGUGCGCCCACAAGCUGGAACGCAUCAAGGACUCGGAAUCGAAUUUGCGACGCAGCGUUUGCAUCAAUAACACCUAUUGCCGUCUGACCGAUGAGCUGCGACGCGAGAAGCAAAUGCGUUACCUACAAAAUUUGCCAAAAACCGAAAACAGCAGCGCAGAAUUGGCACGUGAGAACCUCUUCCAGACCAAUAUGGACGAUGCCAAGCCAAUGAACAACAACAUCAACAACAACAACAACAACAACAGUAAUAAUAAUAACAACAACAACAAUGGCUCACGCACCAUUUGCUCCAUUGAGAAUCAUCAGUUGCCGCGUGUCAGCAACAACAACAACAACAUUAACAACAACAACAACUCUUCAGCGGUAUCCUCGUUAAUAGCUGCACGCAAGCGCCAUCUAUCGAAUAGCAAUCUGGUCAACGAUCUGGAGAUACUCGAUCGUGAGCUGAGCGCAAUAAAUGCACCGAUGCCACUGAUCGAUCCCGAGAUAACGCAGGGUGCCGAGCAACUGGAGAAGGCAGCGCUGUCAGCGUCACGAAAACGGAUGCGCACCAACAACUGCAACAGCAACAGCAUCAGCAUCUGCAACAGCAUCAACAGCAUCAACAGCAUCGGCAGCAUCAGCAGCAGCGAAGAUGAGAGCGAUCGUUUGGUGAGAGAGGCACUCUCACAGUUCUAUAUACCGCCGCAGCGUCUCAUUUCGGCGAUUGAGGAUUGUCCGUUGGAUGUUGUUGUGAUCGGUGCGGGCGCCGGCAACAUUACUGGCGAUUUGAUGAGUUGCAGCAGCAACAGCAGCGGCGGCAGCAGCGGCGUCGUCGUCGGCAACAGCAAUAAGCGUGUCAAGUUGAACGCCUGCACGGAUCAUUUGGUGGAUCAUUUGGUUGACUUUGAUAUGAAUCAGAAUCAGAAGGACUUUGAGGUCAUCAUGGAUGCACUGCGUCUAGGCACGCCCAGUCCGUCCAGUCCAAAUCCAAGCGAUUCAUGCGGCCAGGCAGCGAUGCUCAGCGAAUCGGCGAGCGUUUUUCACAAUCUCGUUGUCACAUCUCUGGAGACAUGAAGGUAUCAGUAAGCGGCGUCGGCGAACAUUGGAUAACUGGUGGAUGAUUGGCCGAUUGGCGGCGGAUUGGCAGCGGAUUGGAAGAGCGAGCAGGCACAGGCAGGCAAGCAGGCACAGGUGCCUCCAUCACUCAAUCCAGCACCGCCCCCCACGCAAGCAAUCACCACCCCUCAAAACAAAACAGGGACACAAACAAAACAAAAACAAGCAAAAAAAAAAAGAAAAAAGAAAAGAAAAACCACAAAUUGGCCUAAAAGCAACAAGCAACAAACAAACAAACAACAAAAACAUUUACAAUUACACAAGACAAAGAGCAAAGAGUUUUUUUUUUUUUUUAGGACUUAAACUUAGCGCUAAUUUUAUGCAUAAGACUUUAAAUCGUAAGCUUUACACUUAAGUGACCAAGGCAAGGCUUUGGGCUCGUGGCCCAGACCAAUCGAAUGGGUAGGCGACGGGGGCUGGGGUGGGGUGGGUGUGUAAGUGUAAGUGUGUGUGGUGUGUGUUGGAAAGGGAUAGGAUGGGGGAUAUGGGAUAUGUUUGGUUACAGUAUUACAUCAAUAAUAUAAACAACUGUGUAACUGACCCAUACACACAUCAAACACACACACACAAAACACACACACACAAAACACACACACACCAAACACACACACACACACACGAAACACACACACACUCACUCACGAAACACACACACGAAACACACACACACACCAAACACACACACACACCAAACACACACACACACAAAAUAUGUCUCGCAUUUUGUACAAAAGUUUUCUUUUAGAACAGUUUGUUUUUUUUCAUAUUAAGGAUUGAAGCGAAGAAAGAAAUACCCAACAAACACACAUACAGACCAACACACACACAUACACAACAAACACACACAUAACAAAAAUCAAAGAAUUUGUAGUCAAAACGAAAAAUGCAAAACAUAAAUAUCAAAUCAAAUCAAGAAGCAGAGUGAUAACAACGCAUACAUCAAAGUAAAUAGACAGAGACAGAGAGAGAGAGAGAGACAGAGACAAACAGACAGACAGACAGACAGACAGCUAAAGAGAAAGUUAAAGCAAAGGAAAGAGUCGUAACAAAGAGAAGAGCGCAAGUCAAAGAGCCCCGUUGGGUAAGGCGACAAUUUACUGUUAUUUUUUUAAGCUUUUAAAAACAAAAUCGAAAUGAAAAUAGGAACCAACCGCAAAAAACUGAAGAGAAGCAGUCGGCAUUCAGCAUCGAAUUGCGAUCGUCGCGCUUAGCUAAACUUAAUUUAACUCAGCUCAACUCAAAUCAAAUCAAAUCAAAUCAACUCAACUUAAAUGAACUAAACUUAACUUAAAUUCCACAUACAUGUUUUGCACCACAUGCAUUCCACACUUUAAGUUAAUGCCGCUAUUCUCAAAUAGUCGCUUUACCCAGCCAAUGAAUUUCAUUUUAAUUAAAUUUAAUUUGUUUUUUUUUUUUGUUUGAUAUUUUUUUUUAAUCAUUGAUAUUGAUUGUUGAUAAAUAAUUGAUAAUAAGUUUGAAUGCAUUGCAAUAGAAUUAUAUAAAAUUAUUGUUGCAUGGAUCAUUCUUUGAUCCCGAUCAAUAUCGUUUUGAUAAAUCCAUGCCCCAAUGCGAUGCACAUACGAUCAUCGUCCACACACUCUUCGGCAUGUCAUUGUUAACAUUGUUAAUUAUCCAUAUUAAUGUGGCCCAGUGGCCAGUCUAAAAGUUUGUUGGCGGCUCAGGCUCAUUUCCAUCAUUUCCCCCAGUCAGCCAGACGUGGUUUUCUCGUUAAGAUUUUCCACGAUUGAAUGUUGUAGUUGUUGUCCACCCCUCAACCCCCUCACCCCCUUCCUUAAAGAGUGGGCUUUAAAUUUGUUAGAUCGGUACUUCUAACAGAAAAGAACAACUGAAAACAAAAAAAAAAGAAGAGAAACAAAACGGAAAAAAAAACAAAUGCAAAAACAAAAAGAUUUUGUUCUCCUAGUCAGAAGCCAAACGAAAGAGAACGGUAAAACGGUAAAAUAAGUAUUGGCAAUUUUUGGGCCUUAGCUGGUAGUUUUCUAUACCCUCCCCCCUGCCAUGUUGAAGUCACAGCAUUCAGCAGAGCGCAAUAUAAAACAGCUUAUAGACUAUAUACCAUAUACCAAAUCAAAAUCGGAAUCAGACAAAAAUUCAACUGGAAAGCAUCCACUGCCAGUGAUGAUUUGUAGUAAAUUUCACCAUUUCACGUUCAAUUCAACUGUGAUCGUGGGUCACACUUGCAAUGCAAUGCAAUGCAAUGUGAAACGGCCACACUGUUUUCUUGUUCUCUUCUUUUCUUGUUUACUUUUUAUUGCGCUCGUGAUUGUGCAUGCUGCAUGGUUAUGGCUAUGGCUGGGCUGGAAUGGGGAGGGGGGCGCGGUCCUUAACUUGAAUAACGGUUUCAUUUUCCUUUUUAAAGAGAAGAAGAAGAAACAAGUCUUUUGCUAAUUUACGAAACUUUUAAACACAGACACACACACACAGACACAACAAAAACAAAAAAAAAACAACAAGAACAGCAAGAAGCAAGAACAAAGAACAAGUAAGAAACUCUGUGCACAACAACAACAAAUUGUAAACAACAAAAUGUGAACAACAAA